AUGCUUACACCGCCAAUCAACAUAAAACAGUGGAUCACCGAAAAUGGCCACUUGUUGAAACCUCCUGUCAACAACUACUGCCUCCACCGAGGCGGUGCCACCGUGAUGAUCGUGGGUGGACCCAACGAGAGAACAGACUAUCAUGUGAACCAGACGCCAGAGUACUUCCACCAGCUUAAGGGCAAGAUGUGCUUGAAAGUGGUGGACGAGGGGCAGUUUAGAGAUAUUGUGAUCGAGGAAGGCGACUCGUUUUUGUUGCCUGGGAAUGUGCCUCAUAAUCCAGUGAGGUUUGCUAAUACGAUAGGCUUGGUGGUGGAGCAAGAUAGACCUGAAGAUGUCAAGGAUAAGAUUCGGUGGUACUGCCGGAACUGCAAGGAAAUCUGCCAUGAAAUCGUCUUUUAUUGCUCGGAUUUGGGCACACAGGUUAAGGACGCCAUCAUGUCUUUUGAUGGAGACGACGAUGCCAGGACAUGUCAGAAGUGUGGUGAGUAUAACUACUCGAAGCCACAGGUAUAG